UUUGACUUGCCUGGGAAAGUUGUGCUAAAAGGCACAAAAGGACCGAGGACUUUAAGAACAUCCCACCACGGUGCGCCAACUUCACAAACUGACAUUGUCAUCUCCGCGGUGGGCGCGAUCAGACUGUCCAUCUUGAGAGGAGUCGGGAUUUGAUAGAUUGUUGUUCGGCUUUCUGAAGAUAAGAUGGAAUGGAGGAGUUAACGAGACAGAUGGACUUCUCAGGAGGCUUGUCAGAAGAAAAUGUUGUCACAGAAACUAUAACUUCCACGACCAGACUGACUUCUCUGCCACCAAAGGGAACCAGCGGAUCAAAUCACAGGAAUAUGUCCAGCAGUGCUGGAGGGCUGAGCUUGGAGAAGAAUGUCUUAACCCUGAACAGUGGAACUUAUUUCAAUUCAUCCUCUGUAGGUGUUAAUACCAGCAACUACAGCUCCUCCUCAGGAGUUUACCUCGGCGGAGACUCCUCAGGAGGAGGUGAUGGAGGGGGGAGCUACAUAGAUGGAGAAAGCUAUGGAUGCGGCGGCGGUGUUGGCAGCAGUGGUGCUGGAGGUGGCAGUUAUCACGUGAGCUCGGUGUCAAAAGUCAGGACCAGCUCGUCUGGGGGUGCCAGGAGAACACAGACUGCUGGCUCAUCACGAGGUCUGUCACCAGCUUUCCGGGAGAGGAAGACCAUAAGCAGUCGCUCAGGAGGUUAUGACGGAAGUUCCAGUGCAAAUUCCUCUCCAGAAUUUACACGCAAAGAUUAUGGAAACUAUUGCUCCAGCGGCACACGAGGGAGGAGUGAAAGCAGAGAGAGUGAGAUCAGAGCCAGAUUACAAAGUGCCUCCCCCUCAGCCUCCAGAUGGACGGAGUUGGACGAUGUGAAGAAGCUGCUGAAGGGUCGCUCCAACAGUGUCAGCCCCACUCGCUCCUCCACCACCCUGCCUGUUCCAAAGAAAGCCAGCGUGGAAACCAAGACCGUCUCCGUGGCCUCUCAGUCGGUGUCAACUUCGUUUGGCUCUGGUGUGACGUCAGCUGGAUUCAACACCAUUGAUGCAUCUGGCCUGUAUGAUAAUGGCGUGACAUCUGGGCAGUUUGAUACUGGUGUGAAAACAGGACAGUGUGAGACUUGUGUCAGAUCAGGCCAGUAUGAUGCUGGUGUCAAAUCAAGCCAGUAUGAUGUCAGUCUGAGUUCAGGACAGUACGGUACUGGUGUAAAAUCAAGCCAGUAUGACGUCAGUCUGAGUUCAGGACAGUAUGGUACUGGUGUAAAAUCAAGCCAGUAUGAUGCUAGUGUGAGUUCUGGACAGUAUGGAACUGGUGUAAAAUCAAGCCAGUAUGAUGGUAGUGUGAGUUCGGGACAGUACGGAACUGGUAUAAAAUCAAGCCAGUAUGAUGCUAGUGUGAGUUCGGGACAGUACGGAACUGGUGUAAAAUCCAGCCAGUAUGAUGCUAGUCUGAAAUCAGAGCAGUACAGUGCUGGGGUGAGAUCAGGCCAGUAUGACACUUCCACGCUGGAUGCUCUGCUUCCAUCUUUCUCCUGGUCCACCUCCACCCUGCCCUCCUCCUCCACCACGGUGAUCAAUGGCAAUGCCAGCAGCUACACGUACCAGGCGGGCAACAACAACAUGGGAGGAUCCUCACCCCUCAGUGCCACCUCACCCUCGUCCCUGUCAGUUUAUGGCUUUCAGAAUAAUCUGGCGCCCACCUCUGGCAGUGUCCUCACCACCAAUGGAACUAACGUCAAUGCUCAUUUGGGAGGUUAUGGAGUUCAGAAGAAUGUGUCAAACGGUGGUGGUGUUGUCAGCACUGGAGUCUCUACAACCACUAGAUCUCAAACUGAAGAUGCAUAUAAGAAAGAUUAUAAGUUCCUGAUCUCUGAAAAGGAGAACGUUCCAGCCAAAAGAGAUGCAGAGAUACUAAUUUUGGCCAAAGACAGUGGCAAGCAUUUCACCACCAGUGGCAGCAGCGUUCAUUUAGGAGGAGGGUCACUUUCAGGAGACUCCAUUAAAAAAGAGAAGCUUAUUUCAAGCUAUAGUGAGACGGCGCCACUGAAGACAGAGACUGGCAACACUUACUAUGGGUCGUCUGGAGUUGUAAUGAAAGACAAAGCCACCUAUGCAGAGAUUCACAGGGACAGCGGCAUCUUUGGAGGAGGAGGAUUUUGCUGCUGCUCUGACGCAUGCUGCUCCUGGUGGAAAUGGCUGCUGGGUCUUCUCCUUCUCUCCUUGCUCCUGCUGGGACUACUCUUUGGGCUCAUUGCAUUAGCUGAGGAUGUGAGAAAGCUGAAGAAUCGAGUGGCUACUCUGGAGUCUGCAUCCUCAGCCGCAACUGCUCACACCAGUCGUCUGUCAGGUACCAAUGACAUCAACGCCUAUGUGGACGGUGCAGGUGGCACCCACACUGACAUACACCUGGCUGCUGGAGGAGGCUCAGGCUCUGGUACCAGAACACGAAUCGGAGUUGCUGGUACCAGUGGCUCCACCAGUGGAGGUGGAAAUGCCAUUGACAUCGGCACUGGAAGUAGCUCUGGGGCUGCUGGCGGUGCCACCGGGGCCGGUGGGACCAUUGGAGUCAGUGCUGGAGGUGCUGGCACCAGCUUCAGUGGUGGUGCCAGCUCUGGUGGCACCAGCUUAAGUGGCGGCACCGGCACUAGUGGCACCAGCUAUGGUGUCGGCGCCGGCACUAGUGGCACCAGCUAUGGUGUCGGCACUGGUGGCCCCAUCUUCACUGGCCUUGGGACGGGUGUAAGCGGAGGACACAUAGAUCUUGCGGCUCUCCAGAUUGCUAUCCAGCGCAUGAUGAUAUCUGAAAUGCAGUCACAGGCAUUCAGAGCUCUUAUAGCAUCCUCAGUGCAAGUAGAAAGGGGAUUGCCUGGACUUAAAGGGGACACUGGAGCUAAAGGAGAUCCUGGUUUCCCUGGACAGCCAGGUCCUCCUGGUUCGAUUGGCCACCCAGGUGCUGAUGGUCAAAAGGGACAGAAAGGAAGCCAAGGUGAUCAUGGACCGGAGGGGCCACAAGGUAUCAGGGGUCGUGAGGGCCCUCCUGGCCCCAGAGGUGAGCCAGGACAUGCAAGUUUUGGACUAAAAGGUGACAGAGGAGAUUCUGGGUCGCCUGGACCAAAAGGCGAACCUGGAACUCAUGGCCUUUCUGGACCACCAGGUCAACCAGGUCCUCAAGGUUUCCGUGGAGAGGCAGGGCUACCAGGGGCUAAAGGUGAAGCUGGUGAAAGAGGUCUCAGAGGUCUGCAAGGUGAAGCUGGUUUACCAGGUCUGUCUGGCCCAGCUGGAGAGAAAGGAUCCAAAGGAACGAUGGGGUUGUCUGGGCAAGAUGGUGCAAAAGGCUCAAGAGGUGACCAAGGACCUGCUGGACCCCCUGGACUUAGAGGUCCUUCUGGGCCUCCUGGAGAUGCUGGACUUCCAGGAACACCUGGGCUUCAAGGACCACCAGGAAUACCAGGGAAUCCAGGACAGCCAGGGGCCAAAGGUGAAAUGGGUCAAGCAGGGAAAAUCAUUAAUGCAGCUGGCUCCGCCUCUGUGGGUAUCCCAGGACCUCCUGGGCCUGCUGGACCUCCCGGCCCAGCCGGACAUCCAGGAUUGUCAGGUCCUAUUGGUCCUGCUGGUCUGCCUGGCCAACCUGGUCCUAAAGGUGACAGGGGAUACAAGGGAGAGCAAGGAGAAGCAGGAAUAACAGUGAGAACGUCUGAUUCUAUAAGCUCAACCAGAUCUGAGAGGCAGUAUGGUGCUGGUGGAGUCUCAGCAAUACCUGGCCCACCAGGUCCGCCUGGACCUCCUGGACGUCCAGGAGAUUCAAGACAAGGACCUCCAGGACCACCUGGUCCUCAAGGUCCUGCAGGUUAUGGAAGACCAGGACCUAAAGGAGAGAAAGGAGAUUCAAUCCAUGCAUCGAGCUCUGGGGUGCAUUAUGGACAGCCAGGACCACCUGGGCCACCUGGACAGAAGGGCGACACAGGUUCACCUGGACCAAGAGGGUACCAAGGUGAAACAGGUUUGCCCGGCACCCCAGGAAGACCAGGAAGCUCAGAGAGAGUGUCAACUUAUGCUGGAGGACACGGGACCCAAGGACCACCAGGUCCACCAGGGCCUCCUGGACGUCAAGGACCACAGGGAAUUAAAGGGGACACUGGAGCUCCUGGUUUACCCAGCUCUUCACGAGGCUCAAUCUCAGUCACCUCAGGGCCUCCUGGUCCUCCAGGUCCUCCUGGCCCUUCAGGCCCACCUGGCGCAUUCUCCUCUACUGAGAUGCACCAUUACAUCAAUACCUAUCUAAGCAGAAACAGACAGGCUGGUAUUCCUGGACCUCCAGGUCCACCUGGGCCUCCAGGAAUCCCCGGAACCUUCUCAGGCUCUAUAGAGGACAUCUCCACUCGCAUCAUUGCAUACAUACAACGUUCAGGCUCAAGCUUCGGCACUGGUGUUCAGGGUCUUCCAGGACCACCUGGCCCUCCUGGCCCCGCCUCGGGAUCCCUGACUGUCAACGCUCUCAUUACCAUGCUACAGAGAGAUGAUGUGAGGAGAUAUGUGUCAGGACAACCAGGGCCACAAGGACCACCAGGACCACCAGGGGCAUCAGGAGGAAUCUCUGGCACUUACAAUGUACAUGAGAUAGCUACUUAUGUCUUCAACAUCAUGAAUGAGAGAGGGAUUGCUAGAGGUCUGCCUGGGCCACCAGGCCCUCCUGGACCUGCAGGUGCAGGGGGCUCUAGCUAUACUUCUGCUACGAUUGACUACUCUGCAUUGAUAAGAAAUUCAGACUUCCGUUCAUGGAUUUCCUCUGCUGUACAACAUGGUCCUCCCGGUCCGCCGGGUGUUUCAGGGCGUCCUGGCCCUCCUGGCCCCCAGGGGCCGCCAGGAGUCUCCACUUCAAUUGUUCAGGGAACGGGAAGUCGCGGGUACAGCUUGGAGGAAAUUCAGCGUCACCUGCAAGGUUCUAGCUUCAGAGGUCUUCCUGGCCCUCCUGGUCCUCAAGGUCCUCAAGGUCCACAGGGUCCACCAGGCAGACAAAGUGGAUCGGUUACCUACAAUGGGAACUUCCCUCGGGAGUCUAUCCGCGCUGAAGUUCAGGAGUAUCUGACCAGUGACAAUGUUCGUCGAACCAUUAUGGGACCUCCAGGUCCCCAAGGACCUCCUGGUCAUAAAGGAGAUCGUGGAGAGCCAGGUUACUCCCAGAGCUACGUGCAUAGCUCGAGCUACCCUCAGGGUGACCCUCGCUAUGGUUCAGACCAAAAAGACAUUGAUGUCAGCAGGCUUGCUGAGAGACUAGACUACUCCAACGUUGCUUUGAAAGUUACAGACUACAUCAAGAAUCAAGGCCUCCUGCAGGAUUAUCUGGUUGAAGGUCCCUGGAGGUCAAAUGUAAGAGCGAUUCAAGGCCCCAGUGGUCCACCUGGCCCUCCCGGACCACCUGGCUACAGCCGUGUCAUUGGGACCUACGGCAACAUCACAGCUGACCUGAUGGACUUCUUCAGAACCUAUGGCACCAUCCCUGGUCCUCCAGGAAUCCCUGGACCAAAGGGAGAGAGAGGGUACCCAGGACCCAGGGGAGAAAAGGGUGAUCCUGGACGUCAGGGUUUAUCAGGACUACCAGGGACAUACACUGUACAAAUUCCACACCGAGUGCAGAAGAGGGAUACCGGCGAUAAAGUGGUUCGUCAUCAGCUGCGUCGCCGUCAAGCUAACAUUGGCUAAAAGGCAACAUACUACUGGAUCAUGUCAGAUUUCAUUUUUACUUUAGUCUUUUUUUUUAACUUUUUUUUUAGGUGUUCAACAGUAGCAAUGCAAGUAGUAGAAAAUGCUCCUUAUUUUUUCAAUUUGUAGAAAAGGACAAUUUGAGGAAAUAAAAAUGGCCAAAAAAUGCAUCAACUGUCUCUUAAAAACAGCUUUGGUAGAGUAAUGGAUUUAGCUGCAUGUGAGGGUUAUUCUGAGUCAGGCAUUUUUCAGUUGUUAAAAUGUGGGUGUGUAAUGUUUACUUUGCUUAGGUAGAAGCUUACAUUCAAACUUUAUCCGGGGGACAGCUUUGGUUAAGAACAUUUUUGGGCAAUAGCUAGAAAUUGCUGAUAUUUUUAAUUGCACUUUGCAUCUUUUUCCCACGGCUAGUGUGACUGCAGAGUCUGGUGUACUUUUUUAUUUUGUAUUAAUUGUCUUUGAGGAUUAUAUUGUAUUGAGGACUAUACAAAUGUUAAAUGCUGUUAAUGUUGUAUCGUGGUAACCAAUCAAUGUUUCAUGAAUGACUACAAUAUUUUAUAAUACUGCUACUACUACAUUAUCCUUAUGAAUCAAGCCAUCUUCCAGCCUCUAAAACCCUGGAAAUUAGCCAUUCAAAUUAUAUUAAAAAAUAUUUUUAAACAUAAUAGCAAUGCAUCAUUAUCUGAAGCGGACACUGUCCCAGUCAAGUUGCAGGUCAUUUGUGCAGCAGCAGGAUUGGGGUUAGGUGUGUAUGAUGCUGCAUUCAGGACUGAUUAUUUACUUGAAAGGUUGGUUGGUAAAAAAAAAAAUAAAUUAGGUUGUUUGCAGGGUUGUGAGACAGGGACUCUAAGAAAUGACUGAUUGGAUUGUAUAUUUUUGUAUGAGAGCGCACUGAAAUUCAUAUAUUUUCUUUUUAAGUGUUGGAAAGAUUAAAUUAUAAAUUGUUCCCAGAUUAUGUUUUCAUUCAUGAAUUUAUAGACAUUUGAUCAAUAUAUU